UCCAACCCCCCGGAUGCCGAUGAGUUAGCAACCCUGUGGUUCGUAGCAUAUGACGUGAAAAUCAAUAGUGCGCGCGUCUCGCGAUGUUCUUCGUUCGUACAUACACCGCUCGCGUUCGUGUGGUCGCUCUCGUAUUUUCGCUUGUAAAAUUACGCGAAACGAAUGUCAACGAAUCCCUUAUCUAUUCUUAAUACAGCAUCACGCCGAUGAAAUCGUCCCUGAAUUAUGUCGGCGGGUGAUAUUUAUCAAGGAUGCAGGUAGAAAUAGCAUCUAUUAUCACGCAGUAAAGUGAAAAAGAAUUAGAUAUAUGAAAAGGCAUUCCACGAAAUCCUGAAGAUGAUGGAGGGGCCCGGAUUAGGAUACUCAUAUCAUCUCCCAUCCGCUGGUUGGAAUCUCAAGGUCAGGAACGCACUGUCACAGUUCAGUGACCUCUUUAGCGAAUUUAACAAGUACAUUGCGCCUGCUUAUCAUCAUGAUCGCUGCGAGAGAUCCGUGCAGAUGCGAUUGUAUUCGAUGCACAAGAGGGAAUUUGUUAUGGUAUUCGUUGCCUUUUUUGCGUGUUUUGGAUUAGCGGUGUUUAUCGGUCUUGCCGGACCGCCUAUAACAUCGACCAGCGAACACAAAGAGCAUCUGAACGGCAGCGAGAUGGCCACUGGUCCAUUCAUCAUGAAAACACCUCUCUUGUCUACAUAUAGCCAGCAAUUAUGGGUAAUCGCCAAGCUAUCGACAUCGAAUAACGAUGACGAAAGAUACGAUAAGGGUUUCCAAGUUAGCGUCUCUAUAGACGGUAUAACUGCUGAUCGCAAGCUCGUGUCUGUGCUACCACCGGAAGCUGGACAUAAUCGAACCAGACACUUGAAGUGCGAGAGACAAUCCUGCGAGGAGCUGGUCGUCGCUCAUCUCGGAUUCCUCGAUUAUAGCUACUACGUAAUCACCGUCCGCUUCCAUGGACUCGAGAGCUUCCAUCACCGAUAUACGAUACGAGAACUCACAUUCUACUUUAAGAACUAUAAUCCGGCGUUCACGCAGAUCGAGAUCUGGUUCCGAUUGAUCUUCCUGCUGACCACGUUCGGAGUAAUGUGUUGGUUCGGUCAUUCGCUUAGAAAGUAUCCCCUGCACGAUUGGUCGAUAGAGCAAAAGUGGAUCUCUAUACUUCUUCCAUUAUUGAUUCUGUACAAUAAUCCGCUAUUUCCCAUGACGUUUUUAGUGAACUCCUGGGUACCCGGUAUGCUAGAUGCAAUUCUACAAACGACUUUUCUUUGUGCCAUUCUUAUGUUCUGGCUCUGCGUCUAUCACGGCCUCAGACAGAAUGAGAGACGGCUCAUCACGUUUUACCUACCCAAGCUUCUAGUAGUAGGUAUGUUAUGGGGUGCAGCGCUAACUCUUGCUACAUGGCUUCGUUGUACCGAGCUGGAGGAUCCCACUUACAAUUAUGUUCUCGAUACAUCGAAUUAUUACGGCUUCAAGGUAUUCUUCUUCACAGUCGGUGGUUUCUACAUCGCAUACUUGCUGCUUCUCAUAUUGAAGGCGUACAGCGAAUUACGGUCUAUGCCAUACUUUGAUCUUCGUCUACGGUUCUUGACACUACUCGCCGCGGUGGUGGCCGGCGUUUGCAGUUUGGUCACCGCCCGUCAAUUCGGAGCCGGUGUAUUAGAAGACAGUUUCGCCUCUCGCCUCUCCACUUAUUAUCGCACGUCUGCGCAAUUCAUGGCCCUUUACGGUCUCCUCAAUUUUUAUUUGUACACCAUGGCGUACGUUUACGCGCCCGCACUCCCGCAGGUUUACGGACAACACUCAUCGAUAACGAAAGAUAAUCCUGCGUUCUCGAUGUUCAACGAUUCGGAGGAGGAAGUUAUAUAUGGAUCGGACGAGGACAGUCGGCGACCACUGACUCGCAUUCCGCGAAACGCAGAGGACAGUGACUGAGGACCUUAAAAAAACAUUAGUAACCCCUUACGCUAAGCGAAGGGUAGAUUUUUAAACAAAGAUAUAACAAGAGAAUCAACAAAAAUUUCUGAUUCUAUUCCUAGUCUGAUUCGCAGUUGUACUGCCAUCAUUAAAAGUUGCAAAAGUGAAAAAAAAAAAACAAAACCAAACUGAAGUUUGUGCAUAGAUAAUUUGUUAAAUAAACAAAUAUUAAUUUAAACGAAGAUUUUUCACGUUUAUGCAGUAUUCAAGAAAGAUGUAUACUGUAUAUAUACGCUAAUAUAAAUUUAUGUAUCGUGUAUAAAAAUAAAAUGUAAGAAUUGAAAGAGAAUAGGAAUAGAAGAAUGAUGAACAGAUAAAGAAAAAAAAACAUAAAAAAAGGAAUUUAGAAAAUUUUUCAAAUGAUGUUUUUAAGAAUUGUAAACUACUUGUGUACUGUAAAAAAAAUUCCUUUUAAUUUUUUUCUUCAUUCAUGUAUUUUUAUAUAACAAAAUUAUAGAGACGAAGCAUCAUCUUCUUUAUUUUUUUUUUGCAAAUAAAUAAGAUGACAGAUAUUUUAAUUUGUGAUUUGCGAUAUUGAAUUUUUAUAUGCAUUUAUUUAUUCAUAAUUUUCUAAAACUGUAUUUUGAAAUUCUAUUCAAUACUUUGGUUGUCAUCAUAAUAUCUAUGAUGGCAUUUUUCACCGUAGAUUCUCAAGAUACUCUUCGCAAUUAGAUUUACGGUGGAAAGGCCAUUGCACGUUAAAAAAUUUUAGUCAUAAUAAUCAUCGUAAAGCCGUUAGUAAAUCAACCAAUCACAGUUCAAACAUUCUUAUUAUGUUUUAGAAUGUUUGAUUGUGAUUGGUCAAUUUUCUUACGACAUUAUGAUUGACUAAAAUUUUUUAACAAUGCAAUGGCCUUAAGAUAUAAUGUUUAUUAAAAAAGAAUAAAAAAUAAACAUUGAUAAGAGCUAAUCUCUAUUAUAUUACGUUAUAUAUUCGUAAGAUAUUAUCAUAGUUUUUAUACGAGAUGUAAUUAACUAUUUGGUAUGGCAAGAAAGUUUAAUACGAAUAAUAGAUGUAGCAUUUCUGUAUAGUAUAUUAUUAUAUAAUGAAACGUUAUUAUUGUUAUUAUAUUAUUAUUAUUAUACAAAAAAUGUGCAUGUAAAAGUACACCGAUAAAACGCGUGUUUUAUACUUAAAAAUCUGUUACAUUAAAAAAAAAUUUAUUUAAAACGAUUUUAAGAAUUCGCAACAUGUAUUACAGUUACGAUUAUGCUUUUUUCAGUGUUACUUUAUAAUAAUUGCCUAUUGAUUCUCAUAAUUAUUCUCUUUUCGAUUAUGAUAAACUUUUGGAAAUCUAUUAUGUAAACAAAAUUUUUAUUUAACGAAAAAGAAUCAUAAUAACGUGCGUUAAUGAUAACUUGCGUUAAUAAUUAUAGUUUCUUAUCACCGUUUGUAUGAUGUAACACAUACGACGCUUGCUAUGUAUCUAAUAAAAAAAAAUCAUACGCAUCUCUAGAAUAUUUGUUCUCACCAAUCUAAUUAAUUUGCGUUUGCAAUAUUUAAUUCAAUAUUCUAUUUUCGUUAUAUUUUAUUUUUUCCUGUCUCUUUGAUUCCGCGAUCACUAUUCUUUAUCCAGUCUUAUAUCGUGUAUCAAAUGAAAAUUCAAAAUUUGACAAAGAUAGAAAAUGCGUAUGUGAAUUCUUUAAGAUUUAUAAAUCAUAAAAUACUUGCAAGAAUUAUUUUGAAGGAACAAUUUCUGUAAUCAUUCUGUAGCGUUUCAAAUUUUAUAAUUAAAUUUGAUAAAUACUUAUAUAUAACAAUAUUAUAUAAGUAAUUACAGGUCACAUUGUGCAUCCUAUAAUUAUUUAUAUUACAUUAUAAUUAUGUAUUAUAAUUGCAAUAGCUACAAUCUAAGAUGCUUAUAUCAGAUCUUAAAUUAUAAAAUGUUAGACGCCAAAAAAAUUACGAGACGCAGGAAAAUAGGAAAGAGACAAUUUUGCCAUUCAAUGUAUGGUUUUAUAUCAUAAUGUUAUUACAGAAAUGGUAUUUCAUAAUAAUUAAAAGUAAUAGUAGUUUAUUGGUGAAUCACUCGCGCGAGUGCGUCGGCGGAUCAUUAUCGCGUGAUCAUCAUCGCUGUCAUAUCAAUCGACGCGCGCGCACACAUUUUUUUUUUCUUUUGUUCAAUUACAUUUUCUUUUUGCAUCAAAUCUUCCCUUUUUUUCAUCAUUAUUAUUAUUAUCAUCAUACAUAAUGGAAAAAAAUGUUACAUUUGUACAGCCAUCAUAUACAUGUUACAUUUAGAAUACCGUUAAUCCAUUAUCCACUUUUUUUUGUCUCGUUAAAUGUGUGUAUAUAGAGAGAGAGAGAGAGAGAGAGAGAAAGAG